AUGGCCACUCCAUUCCAACACCACGCUGCCGCUCAGUCGACAUACAAGCCCCCUUUGAUCGCAAACGAGAAUGCCUUUCUGGGUGAUGUUUUCUCCAGUGAAAAAGAAAACCCCGAAAAACCCAUCUCAUGUGGCUUCUACCGUCUCGAAGAAGGCACCCCCCUUGUCUACGAAUACACCUACGACGAGAUGAAGAUCAUUGUCGAGGGCGAGUUUCAGAUUUCUGAUGAGACGGGACAAACUGUGACUGCGAAGCCUGGAGAUGUGUUUUAUUUCCCCAAGGGGUCGAAGAUCACCUUUACGACCGAGUCGUAUGGAUUAGGAUUUUUCACUGGACAACGGGCUCUGGGUGCUGCUUAA